UUAAGAACAUUAUACACGCUGGAAGAAAGAUGGAAAACAUCAGGAUACACACCAAGGCCAAUCCAAUGGCCAAAGCCACAAUCCUCGGCAAAUUUUUAACUUUCUGGUGGAUGAACAAUUUCUUCAGUAAAGGAUACAGGCAUCCCAUUGAUAACUCAGAUAUCUAUAAAAUUCUGCCUGAAGAAGAGGCUAAAGGACUCGCUGAUAGACUUGAAAAACUUUGGAAUGAAGAACUGAGAGAUGCCCAGAGGAAGAGUAGAAAACCCCGGCUCAGAAAUGCUUUCAUUAAGUUCUUGGGAGUCCGCUAUUUCAUGCUUGCUAUUUUUCCAAUAAUUGAGGAAGGAUUGAAAGUUUCAGCUCCUCUGCUUAUUGGCAGACUUCUCAGUUACUUCCAACCAGAUCCAGCCAUAAGUCACACUGAUGCGUACAUUACAGCUGCACUUCUUUCUUUGUGUGCAUUUUCUGAAGGAGCCUUACAUGCUCCCAAUUUUUUCAUCAAUCAAAGGUGCGGUUUGCAUUUGAGGCUAGCUGCAGGGUCGCUCAUAUAUAGAAAGGCACUGCGACUAGGUCAUGUGUCUUUUAUCAAAACAACAACUGGUCAAAUAGUGAACCUUGUUACUAAUGAUAUACAAAGACUGGAGUGGGUGACAAUAUUUUUUCAUUAUACCUGGGUUGCUCCAUUGAUGGUUGUUGUCAUAGCAAUCCUUUGUUGGCGUGAAAUUGGAAUCUAUAUCCUGCCUGGUAUUUUCCUUUUCCUGCUUCUGGGCCCUUUUCAAGUCUAUGUUGGUAGAUUCUUUGCCAAAAUGAGAUCCAAAACAGCUGUCCUAACAGAUGAAAGAAUUAAGAUGAUGAAUGAAAUUAUAUCAGGGAUGAGAGUUAUUAAAAUGUACACUUGGGAAGAGUCUUUUGCCAAGCUGGUGGCAGAAAUCCGAAGGAAAGAAACCAAAAUGGUGAAGCACACUUCUUUUUAUCGAGCAAUCAAUUGUGCAUUUUAUCACUCUGCAUUGGCAAUUAUAAGCUUGGUAGUUUUUACUGUGUACGUGAUGACUGGCCAUAUCUUAACAGCAGAGAGAGUGUUUGUUGUUUUGGGACUACUCAUGGCUGUGAGGGUUUGCUUUACAUUGUUCUUUUCUCUUGGUGUGAUGUAUCUCAAGGAAUCAGCUGUUUCAGAGAAGCGUGUGCAGGCAUUCUUAGAGUUGGAAGAAAGAGAGCCAAGUGUGUCUAAUGUCAUUGAAAAUGGUGUUAGCAGCAAAGACAAUGUACCACUUCUGAAGUUGGAAGGAAUCACAGCAUAUUGGGACAAAUCUUUAAACCCCACACUGAAGGACAUUUCUUUAGAGGUGAAACAGGGAGAGCUUCAUAUUGUUGUUGGGCCUGUGGGUGCUGGAAAGUCUUCACUUUUGAUGACUAUCCUCGGUGAAUUGCCAGUUUCUGAAGGCAUCAAAAAGGUUCAUGGAAGAGUGGGCUAUGCCUCUCAGCAGGCCUGGAUAUUCAAUGCAACAGUGAAAGAAAACAUUCUGUUUGGCCAGGAUUUUGAUGAGGAUCGGUACCAACAAGUUAUUGAGUGUUGUGCUCUAAAAAAGGACUUGGAGCUUUUCCCUAAAGGUAAUUCAACCAUUGUUGGCGAAAGGGGUUUGGUGCUUAGUGGUGGACAGAAGGCUCGCAUUAGUUUAGCAAGGGCUGUUUAUCAUGAUGCAGAUAUCUACCUCCUUGAUGAUCCUUUGAGUGCUGUAGACACACACGUUGGCAGAGAACUGUUUGAUAGGUGCAUCAUUGGUUUGCUAAAGGAUAAAAUCUGUGUACUGGUAACUCACCAGCUACAAUACUUAAAAGAUGGUACUUCAAUAUUAUGUUUGCAAGAGGGCUGUUGCAUAGGUCAAGGUACUUAUUCAGACUUGGCCAAUUCUGGUCUUGAUGUACAGUCUCUUGUCUCCUUACCCGAGUCUGAUGAUGACAGUGCCAUUGAGGCUGAUGAUAUUGAAGUAAAGGAAAAAGAAGGGGGUAACACCACUCAAGCAAAUGCUGUAAAAGCCAAGAAUUCAUCUGAAAUAAAAGCCGCGGUAAAAGAAGAUCGCCAUACUGGGACAGUGACUUGGAAAGUGUACUUUGAUUACUGGAAGGCGGGAGCUGGAUUUCUUAAGGGACUGAUCCUCGUGCUACUUGUCAUUUGCACCCAGGCAGUAGUCAUGCUUUCAGAAUGGUGGCUCGCUCAUUGGGCGGAUGAAGAAGAAAGACGCGCCUUCGAAGCCGAAAUUCUUCCAAGCAACUCAACAAUUCAGGCGGAGGACCUUGAUAAAUUCAGGAAACAGAACAUUUCUAUAUAUGCUGGCCUUGUGGUUGGUACAUUCAUUCUAGCAUAUGCAAGUGCAGGUGCCUUCCUCUUUAUUGCUGUGUCUGCAUCGCAGAACCUUCAUAAUAACAUGUUCAGGAAGCUUCUUGGCGCGACAAUAUAUUUUUUUGAUACAAAUCCUGUUGGACAAGUGUUAAACAGGUUUUCAAAAGACAUUGGUCAGAUGGAUGAUCUUCUACCUUACACAUUUUAUGAUUACUCUCGGCUGAUGCUGCAGGCAUUUGCAGUCCUCAUGCUGAAUGUGGUGUUUGUGCCAUACUUGCUGGCAGCAGCUAUACCCAUCGUGCUUCUGUUUCUGUUCAUACGUCACUACUACUUAAAGACCGCCAGGGAAGUUAAACGUAUCGAAGCAAUGAACCGGAGUCCAUUUUAUUCCCACAUAUCCACCAGUCUUCAAGGCCUGACCACCAUCCGAGCUUACAGAGCAGAAAAUCGAUUCAAGAAUCAAUAUGAUGUGUACCAAGAUAACCAUACGGCUGCUUGGUUCCUGUUCAUGACUGGAUCGCGGUGGCUUGGAGCCAGGCUCGACUUCAUAUGCACAGUGUUUAUUGCCUCAGCAGCAUUUAGUCCACUUUUUCUGGCUGAAGGUGGAAUUCGUAUGUCUGCAGGAAUAGUCGGCUUAACCCUGACUUACGCCAAGAUGUUAACAGGAGGGUUUCAAUGGUGUGUGCGACAGAGUGCUGAAGUGGAAAAUCUUAUGACUUCAGUGGAGCGUGUUAUAGAGUACUCAAAGUUGGAACAGGAAACCCAAUCCCACGACAAAACUGUUUCAGUACCAGGCAGUUGGCCUCAGUAUGGGAUAAUUACAUUUGAGAGCUUUUACUACAGACAUCAUCACACAAUGCCUCAAGUCUUAAAGAAAUUAAACUUGUGCGUACGGGCGCAAGAAAAGGUCGGUGUUGUGGGCAGAACUGGAGCUGGUAAAUCAUCAUUAAUGGCGGCGUUAUUCAGGAUGGCUGAACCAGAAGGCACAGUUCGUAUAGACGCUGUUCCCAUCACGGAUGUUUCAUUACGUGACUUGAGAAGCAGCCUAUCCAUCAUUCCACAGGACCCCAUCCUAUUUAGCGGAAGUCUACGGAAAAAUUUGGAUCCUUUUAAUCAAUACAAUGAUACAGAAGUUUGGAAUGCCUUAGAAGAGGUGCAACUCAAGGAAACAGUUACUGAAUUGCCUGAUGGUCUGAACACUAAACUAACGGAGGGAGGCUCGAAUUUCAGCGUUGGACAGCGGCAGCUUGUAUGUCUAGCGCGCGCGGUCCUGAAGCACAACAAAAUACUUAUCAUUGACGAAGCAACAGCGAAUGUAGAUCACACCACGGACGCUUUGAUUCAGGAAACGAUUCGCAGCAAGUUCCAAAGCUGCACAGUACUCACUAUUGCUCACAGACUUAACACUAUCAUGGACUCUGACAGAGUAAUGGUACUUGACGAGGGGAGACUUGUCGAGUUUGACGAACCUUACCUUUUGCUCCAGAAAGAGGACAGUCUGUUUUCGCAAAUGGUGGAACACACAAGCAAACAUUUGGCGACAAACCUAUAUGAAGUGGCGCGCCAGUCAUUCUUUUUGAGACACAAACUCAGCGAUGAUGACGACCUACUAGAUAUGUUACCGAAAGUCAAAGUUGAAAGUCCGUUACAGGAACUGAAUAUUGACAAUAGCAGAACGCCUUCACCAAUUUUAAGAUCUAGUUCCUCCUUAGAAAAAGAGAGAUUACUGUAUGAAACAACAGUUUGACUUCUUAUGUAUCACAUAACAGUUUGACUUACUAUGCAUCAAACAACAGUUUCACUUACUAUGCAUUAAACAACAGCUUCACGUAUUAAACCAGA